AUGUCUUACCAAACAACUGUUCUGGUAACGGGUGCAAAGGCCGGGAUCGGCAAAGGGUUGCUCGAAGCCUAUGCAUCUCGUCCAAACACCCUCGCCGUUGCUGCGAUUCGAAACGGUCCAGAGUCUCCUGAAGCACUUGCCCUCACCUCGCUCCCUACCGCGCAGGGUAGCAAGAUCGUUGUGGGUCAGUAUGAUGCGGGCGACAAAUCAUCUGCAGUCAAUCUCGUGGAAUACCUCACCCGGACUCAUGGCAUCAAGACCUUGGAUAUUGUGGUCGCCAAUGCAGGUAUCCUCAAACACUAUGGUCCGGCGAAAGAAGCCAGGUCCGAGUUGAUUGAAGAGCACUUCCGGGUCAACACCGUAGGCCCGAUUCUCUUGUACCAAGCAACUCGAACCUUGCUACUUGCUUCCACCCAACAGCCGAAGUUCUUCAUCAUUUCUUCAAGUAUCGGCAGCAAUGCCCUGCAAGACAACUUUCCAUUGGAAGUGCUCGCCUACGGCACAUCCAAGGCAGCCGUCAACUGGGUAGCUAGUCGGAUUCACCGCGAGGAAGAUCGCCUAGUUGUGAUUGCCAUGCAGCCCGGCUGGGUCACCACCGAUAUGGGCAUAAGAGCGGCUGAAUCGGCGGGCCUGACAGCGGCUGAUGUCCCUGUAAGCAUCGAAGAAAGCGUUGGUGGACUGGUAAGCUUCUUCGACAAGGCUGAUAGAUCAGCACAUGGUGGAAAGUUCUGGGAUCAGAAGGGUGAACAAGUUCCGUGGUAG